GUGGUGGCAGCAGGCGCACUCGACAUGCAGAACGACGCCGGUGAGUUCGUGGACCUGUACGUGCCGCGGAAAUGCUCCGCCAGCAACCGCAUCAUCGGCGCCAAGGACCACGCGUCCAUCCAGAUGAACGUGGCCGAGGUUGACAAGGUGACAGGCAGGUUCAAUGGCCAGUUUAAAACCUACGCUAUCUGCGGGGCUAUCCGCAGGAUGGGUGAGUCAGAUGACUCCAUUCUCCGACUGGCCAAGGCCGAUGGCAUCGUCUCAAAGAACUUCUGACUGAAGGCAUCACAGAUGUGAAAUUUGUCAUAAAUAAACAGUGGAAACACCC